CGAUUUACGGAAGCGAUUUUUAUGCUAAAAUUUUGGUUCUCGUUUUUUUAAUUUUUUUUUUUAGGCAGCGUGAGGCAGACGUAGUUUUGUGGAGUUUCUUUUUAAAAACAGAUAUACACAUAGAUACUUUUUGGAAAGAAGAAAAGCUAAUCUUGCUUUAUUUAAUAAAUUUAUGUAUUGUUAUUACACUUUUUUGUCGAUAAUUUUGCUUCUGAAUAUUUGGUUGGUGUUCUCACAUGAAUUUGUAGUAGAAGAAAUGUUGAUCCGGUUUUUUUUUUUAUUCAGACAAUUUUCUACAUGCAUUUUCUAUGCACAUGCCAAAUUUCAACGAAAAAUAAUUGGUAGCAGAUAGUUUAAAAUGUGUUAUAUUACGUAUACCACUUAUUUUAGGUAGCUUUAGGCAAACGUUUUUUGUGUGUUUCUUUUAAGAAACAUGUAUAAACAUAAAUUAUUUUCAUAUAGGAGAAAGGUUGAUCUAGAUUUUUAUAUGACUUUUAUGUAUGGUUACCCAACAUUUUUAUGGAUUAUUUUGCUGACAAUAUUGCAUGAAAAUUUCGUCCCUGUUCUCACAUUAAUUUGUUGUCGAAGGAAUGUUGAUCCGGCUUUUUUUGUUAGUUUUUCUACAUUUUAUAUGCAUUUUCUUAGCACCUGCCAAAAAUCAACGAAAAAUAAUUGGUAGCAGAUAGUAUACUUAGUGUUGGACUUUUGGUACAUAAUUUUGGUUUUUCUGUUGUUUUUUUCGUUAAGCUUAAUACGGGGGUGGAUAGACUAUACAAAGUGGCCGACUAUACAAAAAAAAUAACAAAUCCUAAUAUCGUAUUAUUUUGAUUUUUAUUAUUAGAUUAAAAUAAAAAAUGAAUUCUGACAGAAGUUUUAUUGAAUCUAUAACAGAUGAUCCUGCUCCACAUUAUGAAGCCUUUUUGAGAUAUCCAACAUCUUCAUCUGCAAUGAGUGCUCUAGUUCCAUCCUCAAUUGCAUUGAGUGUUCCAUCUACAUCUGCAAUAAUUGGUAUGUUUACAAACUUUCACUUUUCAAUAUGUUUAUGCAUUUCUUGGCAAUCACAAUAUUUAUUUUUAUUUCAACUUUGUUAACCUUUAGUUACAUCUUCAGCUGCUACAAGUGUUAAACAAAAACUGCAAAGUGCAAAACAUAAAUAACUUUUCGAAAGGAAUGGCGUUAAAUCUGGAACAUCUUCAACACAUAAACUAAUGAAGGAAACAGUUCUAAAAGUAGUUCUAUAUUAUAUUUGCAGGUUGAUCAUUAUUUGUGUGAUGGUUUUUUGACAUAAUUAUCAUAGAUUUUUUACUAAAGUAUACAUAGCAAAAGUUUCAUCUGCAACCAGUUUUUGCACAACUUAUGUUAAAGAAUUGUGCAAAUCUUGUAUUGAAGCUAUUUUUAAAAUUACCAACUCUUGUUUGUGAAUGACACAAACAAUUAAUGAAAAUGAAGCUUCUGGGAGAUCACAAAUGCUAUUAUUGAAAUAUAUCAUUAAGAGCAAGAAAUCAAACAAAACAUUUUAGACAGAUAAACAUGUGAAAUUUUAUGGAAAAAUUUUAGGGAAUUAUUAUGUUUUUUAUUUCUGGUACACCAUACAUAGUGCAGCAGAAAUAAAAAGCAAAACAAAGACAUUUCAUUUUUUAUUUCUGUUACACCAUAGCAGCAUAAGCUUUAAAAAAGGAUUAAAGAAAUAUAUUUUGUUACACUACAUUAUCUACUUGUUAAUAUAAGACUGCUUUGUAUUAAAAUAUAAUAAUACUUAAUAUAUGUUAUUCAUAAUU